UUGCUUCCUCCAUAAAAAGGCGACUGCUGCUCAGACAAAAAGCAGGUUUCUGUUAGUGCUGGGAUGUGCAGUUUAGUUUAGCUUACCAAGGAGCUAAAAAAGUAAACUGUGGCAGGAUGUGGAUGCAAGGUGAGGACAGUGCAACAGCAGAGUCUGACGGAGAGAGUGAUUUAUCUUCUGAGGAUGAGGGAGACAUUCGGUGUGAGAUCCUGGAAAUGCAAAGGGAUGAAGCCAAUCAGAGACUGUCUGAACUGGAGGAAGUCUCCAAUCAGCUCCUGAAGGAGAUUAAUGUACUGGAGAUGCAGUUCCAGAUUGAGCGCUCCUGCAGGGAGAGUGCUGAGGCACUGGCUGCCACAGUGACCAAAGAGAACAAAGUCCUGAAGAGGCAGAGCCAGAUGCUGAUGCCGCUCAUCCCCGAGCUGCCUGAAAACUCUGCUGCCAUGAACUUAGACCAGGAGCCCGACCCCAUGGUUAACUGUGACUUGGUUGAUGUUGGUGUGGACAGGAAUGAGGAGGCGAAGCUGCUGCUGGAGAGUCAAGCCAAAAUCGCAGAGCUGCAGACGUCUGUGGACGCUUUGCUGGCUGAGAAGCUGAGGCUGGAGCAACAAGUGGAGGAUCUGACCAAAGAGCAGGUCAAACUCAGAGAGCAGCUGGCUCUGGAGUUCGAAGAGAAAGAGGCUGUACUGAGGAGAAUAAGCAAACAGAGCAAGACCAUGAAUAAAAUCAAACGAGUCUCCCAGCUUGUCACAGAGGAGUUCACAGAGAUGUCUCAGAAGCUGGAGCUGGAGCAGGGCCUCCGGCAGCACGCCGAAGUCUUCGCCCACCAGAUGGUGGCGCAGCAGAAGGAGACCCACGGACAGAGCGUGAUGCUGCCGCAGAGCUCAGAGAUCGGCCUGCAGCUGCAGCAGGCGCUGGAGCAAAUCUCCACCAUCAGCAAAGCCCUGUGUGAUGUACAACGCUUUUACCAGGACCAGAGUGCUGUGGAAGGCACCAGCGUCCUCUCUGAGCACCAGAGCCUGAAAGAACAGCUGGAGACGAGCAAAGAGGAGACGAAAGCCUUAGAAACUCGGCUGUGUGAGGCUAACAGGACUGUCACGCAGCUCCAGGACCAAGUGAAAGAGCUACAAGAUAAACUGAACAAGGAGGACACCACUGAUGAACCGGAGGAGAGUUCUACUCCUGCUCCUGCUCCUGCUCCACCUCCACCGCCUCCUCCAGCUCCUCCACCUCCUCCACCAUGCACCACUGCCACCAAUUCACUUGACUUCCUGAGAAGCAGAAGGAAAGAAAAAGCCAACAACGCUGAACAAAACAAAUCAGCACCCUUUUUGGACAUGAAGACGAAAGCUGUGGAUGAAAUGAUGGAGAGAAUAAAGAAAGGCAUCGUCUUGAGGCCUAUCAAGAGAAUACAAGAUGACAACAGCUCAUGGCAGGACCAGAGGAGUGAAAACAGGAAAUCAGCCAUCCUGGAGUUGAAAGGAAUGCUGGACAACAUGAAACAUCAGCCCCACCGCAGGGUGUCAUCCAGGAAGGGGUUUGGCCGAAAUGUUGGGGAGGCAGAGCUCCUGCAAGUCCUCCAGAGGAGGAGGAGGGUGAUAGGCGAGAACCAGGACCAGCCUUCCUCUGGACAAGCACAGGACCCUCACUCAGGUCCACAGGCUGUCCCAGCAGCAGGAGAUGUUCCCUGGGCAGGGGAGUGCGGCAGCGCCCCUGUGCUCCGGAGGCUGAGACAGAACCGAGAGAAGAGAGACUCUCGCCUCAGAGCAUCAGCACUGCUCUUCAAACAAGACGACUGACAGUACUUACUGCAGGAAAUGACAUAGAUAAUAAAUAUAACUUCUUGUCUUUAAGAGUCAUCACCUUUCUAUGCCAAAAUGUACAGUUUUGUUGAUGAAACAAUUCAAACAAAUAAAGACCUGAGUUAUAUUUACCUAAAAUAAUGUCAGAUGUCAGGUGUAACAGACAGUGGGUGCAGGUGUCAGAUCCCACGUUCAGGACUAGGGAAAAACAAAGACAAAAUAUUUUUUCAAAUGCCAUUUAACUCAGAUUUUCUUCAAAUAGCCAGAACUUGUUGCGUGCCAAAAGAAACUCAUUGAGUCGUGUUUAACGUCCAUCGUCUCUCUUUUUGGGUGCCUGCGUUUGAGCUGAUCUAAGUGCAAGUUACGGGAUUUUUAUGCCACAGAAUAUAAAUAGAAAAUGGCCUGGACCAUAAAAGAAAAACACUUAGGUUAUGUGAAUACUUCUCUCCCCCUGAGGUGUCUGUUUCUCAAAGUGCCAUCCAGCAGAAAGAUGAAGGCUGCCAUUUAUUUAGGCACAUUAAAGCCCUCACACCCAGAGUCCAGAGGUGUUCCUGAGAUAAGAGCCUCAGGUGAUCUGUGUCACUUCCUCCUGAAAGUAUCUUUAAAUGUGGCAGGUCGCCUUUUGUUUUCUCACCUUCACACAGAUACUGUAUAUGUGUGUGCAUGCAUGCAUGAAUGAACACAUACGCCCUCGCACCAAGCUAUCGAGCCGUAUCUAUCUGCCUAUAUGCCUUUGCGAAAAGCAUUUGAAAAGAAGAUGAAAUUACUCCCACCUUUGACUCUGACACCAUUUUAGUGUCUUUGCACUGUUUCACAUUAUAUAUUUACCUUAUUUAGCUCUUUUUACUAGAAGGUCUCGGUCUGUUCACUCUCCGGCAUACAUUUUUUAUUGUUUCCCUCCUCAGUCUCAAAGGUGUUAGCUUUUGGGAUGCAGUAAUGUAUUCUGCCCCCUCUGUGUUAUUGAAGCAAUGCACAUAAGGCCAGUGUGUGUGUGUGUGUGUGUGUGUGUGUGUGUGUGUGUGAGAGAGAGAGAGGGAUAUACAGAAACUGAGAAACAGGAAGCUUUUAAACUUAUUCAACUUCAUUCAAGGCUACUGAUGAAAUGGGAAGG